ACUCCCCGCUCUCCCUCCACUCUGUCAGUCGACUGUUUUCCCUGUCUGUCUGUCGGUGUGUGUGUGUGUGUGUGUGUCUGUUAGCUAGCUGUUAGCUAUCAUCAGCGUCAACGCCAGGAACGACGCGAACAUGGCGGACACAGCCAGGGACUCUCCACCGGAGAACACCGACUUCCAGGAGCUGGAGGACGGGGAGGACCUGUUCCCGGAGCCGGCUGCCACACGGGAGUCAGACCAUGAACCAGCCAGCCUACCUGCUGAAGACAUCAGCACCAACUCAAACGGACCCAAACAGGAUUCACUGUUUGAUGACGAUCCAGAGGACUUGUUUGCAGAGGCCACAGAGGAGGUUUCGUUGGACAGUCCAGGGAGAGACGUCCUGCUGUCUGACGGCCCGUCACCUGCCAUCACCCCCAUCACCCCCCCCACCUCUGUCAUCACCCCUCGCAUCGGCUUCACCCACGACGACAUGUUCACACACUCCUCCUUCGAUGAGAUUGAAGAGGAGGAGGCCAGCGAUUCAUUUGACAUGCACAUAUCGGUGUCUGACCCCGAGAAAGUUGGUGAUGGGAUGAAUGCGUACAUGGCCUACAAAGUGACAACAAAGACCUCCAUGUCUCUGUUUAAGAGUAAUGAGUUUUCAGUAAAAAGGCGUUUCAGUGAUUUUCUGGGUCUGCACAGUAAACUGGCCUCCAAGUACCUGCACGUAGGCUACAUCGUCCCCCCUGCGCCGGAGAAAAGCAUUGUGGGGAUGACCAAGGUGAAGGUGGGGAAGGAGGACCAGUCGUCCAACGAGUUUGUGGAGAAGAGGCGGUCGGCACUGGAGAGGUAUCUGAUGAGAACAGUGAAGCAUCCAAUCCUGCUGAAGGAUCCUGACGUCCUGCUGUUUCUGGAGAGCUCAGAGUUACCGCGGGCGGUCAGCACUCAGGCUCUGAGCAGUGCCGGACUUCUCCGAAUGGUCAAUAAGGCCGCCGACGCCGUUAACAAGAUGACAAUCAAGAUGAACGAGUCAGACGCAUGGUUUGAGGAGAAGCAGCAGCAUUUUGAGAAUCUGGAUGUUCAGCUGAGGAAGCUUCAUGCCAGUGUGGAGUCUCUGGUCUGUCACAGGAAAGAGCUGUCAGUGAACACGGCGCAGUUCGCCAAGUCCGCGGCCAUGCUGGGGAACAGCGAGGACCACACCGCUCUGUCCCGAGCUCUGUCCCAGCUGGCCGAGGUGGAGGAGAAGAUCGACCAGCUGCACCAGGACCAGGCCAACGCGGACUUCUACCUCUUCUCUGAGUUACUGGGCGACUACGUCCGCCUCAUCACUGCCGUCAAGGGUGUGUUUGAUCACCGUAUGAAGACGUGGCAGAAAUGGCAGGACAGUCAGAUGCUCUUGCAAAAGAAACGAGAAGCUGAGGCCAAACUUCAGUUCACCAACAAACCAGACAAACUGCAGCAGGCCAAAGAUGAGAUCAAAGAGCUGGAGGGGAAAGUCCAGCAGGGAGAAAGAGACUUUGAACAAAUCUCCAAAACCAUACGCAAAGAAGUCAGCAGGUUUGAGAAAGAGAGAGUGAAGGACUUUAAAACGAUUAUUAUCAAAUACCUGGAGUCACUGGUUCAGACACAACAGCAGCUGAUAAAAUACUGGGAGGCCUUCUUACCUGAGGCCAAGGCCAUCUCAUAGAGUCCACAUAUUCGCAACAGACAGUCCUGACAGGCUCCGGUCAAACUACACUACCCAUAAUGCACCUGUCCUCCUGGGUCACCCUCAUCCUCCUGUUUAUGCUCAGAGUGAAGAAGAGAAGUGAGGCAGCAAAUCGGCUUGACGUGACUUUUACACUUUCUUCAUCUUUUCUUUUUUUUUUUUUUUAACCAAACAUCAGGGGAAUGGGUGAGACUAAGUAGGUGGUGUAAUCCCACUCUCUAAAAUUGUUUGAGUUUAUUUUUUCAGAUAAUGUCAUUCUGAGGAAUUGUGUCCACCCCCCUUUAGUUUGGUCUUUGGAGGUAUGAAUGCACAUUCCUGCCAUAAAAAUUAAGAAGAUGAAGAGUUAGGAAUGAUCAAAAUAAAUUGUCAGGGAAAGUUUGACAUAUUAAGUUAAAAGAUGUUUAAAUUCUGACAAAAGUAAAAUUGGUAAAGUAAAAUAAAGUGAAGUAAAAUUUAUGAGACACUAAAUGCCUUUAUCAAAAAAAAGUAUAACCCUACUCUUUCACCGAAACAGGCCAUGUAAUGACACCUGAGCAAGUUUGCUGAAGAAAGCUGUGGGAUCUGGUCACCUUAAAAUUUUGAAAAUUUUAGUACUGAUAUGGGCUAUUUAGCAUUUAUAAGCAGUAUAUAAACAACUAAAAAUGGUUAAUGACACAGUAUAAUGUAGCUGUAAGCAGAUAUAAGUGUUCAUUAUCAUUUCUUAAACAAUUUUAUUUUUACCCAGAUUUGAUCCAAAGGUCAGGAAUAACCAUUGAUGCUAAAGUUCAUCAUAAUGGUCUUGACUGACCAUGAGAAUAUUUAUGUUAGCCAUUACUGACGUUUUAUUUCUUCUAGUUUUCAUGGCAAGAAAAGCCUUCCUUACAUUCUCUCUAAAUACUACAAUACCCAUGAGCCUCUGUGGCAGUUGCUCAGAGUUGCUUAGAGUCAAAGCUGUGAAGUUAGAGUUGUAGCAUGUUUUUGAAGUUAAUAUGACGACUGCUGCAAACCUCCAACUUCACACCACCAUUUCCAAGCAACAGAAUCUAAAGCUCUCUGAUUGGAUGUUUUUCUGAAGUGUUCUCUGGGAAUUGUUGUCGACUUCUCUCCUAAUCACAGUCUGGAAUUGAUUUGAGUCAAGCAGAUUUCAUUAUAAUAAUUAAAAUAAUAAUCCAUUUCAUUAUUGUAUUUUUUCUGUCACCCAGCACUAUCAGUUGUUAGUGCUAGCAGCUUUUUUCUUCUUUUCUUUUUUUUUAGAACAGAACAGCAGGUAAAUAUGGAAACUUUUGUCCACCAAAACCCCCAAAACAAACAAUCAGACGCUGUGGUUUUAUUUUUAAUGUUUGGAACAUGAGCUGUGAAACUGAUCCGGAGUCAGUGAUGAAGGCAUAUUUUGUGUCUUGUACUUCCCGUCAUCUGUUCAGUCCCCUCACUUCCCUUCAUGCCUUUCCAAACAAAAGCCCUUAUUUUUGUUGCUGCAUGAUCGUAAAGUGAAGGCAACGUUUUCUCUUUCUGCCCUUUUUGAGCUAAUGAGAGCAAAGAAGGAACACUGUCACUUUCUGGUUCUGUUCACUGCUGCUGCCUGAUGAAAACGUAGAAAAAGCAAAUUUUCUCUCUUCUACUUGAAAAAUCUUGAUUUAAUACCCAUAGUUCAUAACUCUGCUAAUUAAUGUAUCCUAGGGUGGUGAAUUUCCCUAGACGCACUGACCCCAUCUUCACUUUAAUUAAUCUGUAUCCUGGGUAUUUAGAAAGUAUUCACAUUGAAGAAAAUCAAAUCAAAUGCAGGUGUUUGAUUUAAGCACCAAAACUAAUGCUGAAAGUCAUCAGAGAUGCAUUUAGUAUUAUUAUUUUAAAGUUGGGCUAAAUUUGUUUAAAAAUAAGCAUAUUUUAAAAUCCUCCAUAACAUAACAUUUAUAGUUAAAACUGAAAUAUAGUCCUUUAAAUGCUGACAGUUGUGACCGCUCUGUUUAUACGGUCUUUCGACCUUAUAUCCCCAAAUAAGUCCUUACUUGCAAAAUCUUCCUUUCACAGUUUUUAACUGCAAAUAUCUUAAAAGUCAGAAUGUGGAAAAUGUACACUGCAUAACACUGUCCACAUUGCAACAGUGGACCUGUGACCUCAGUUUAUUUCAACAAAACAAUUUAUUUUUUUUAUUUUUUUUCUUCUCUAGCAUUAAAUGGGGCCUUAAGGGGCCAAAAUGGCCUUGUUGUGGUUCCAAAUCUGGUUUGGGAAACAGCUCUGUGUUCGAGGAAAAGUCCUCACUGAUUACUUGGUGCUUUAGUCCAAACUAGAAGAAUCAAACCAAAACUAGAGGAAGAAUAAAGAAAAAUUUCAAUCAUAAUGGUUUUCUAUCGUAAAUUACAAAUAAGCAGCAGAUCAGGAGUCUGAAACCCUGCAGUCUGAACAGAACCUUGGUGUUUUUCUUCCUCCUGUUCCUUUUCCUCAACGAGGAGACUUAAGAUGUUUUCACUUUUGGUUUAAUACAUUUAACAGGAUCAAAUGGCUUGUUAGCGUCUUUAGCAUUUUUAGUUUCAAUAGCUUGUGACGCUAACUAGCUGUUUUCACUGCACAUGAAGGAUUUCCCGUUGAAGGAAACUGAAGUUGAGCCAAAAUUCAGAGUGUUUGUAGUUUCAGGUGUGGAGGAAGUGAGGGAGUGUCAGGUGACAGUGUGUGUGUCCGUCCAGAGAGCAGCCUCAGACUGAGGACUGUUUUUCUGGCUGUUUCUCUUCCUAUUGAUCAGUGUGAGGGCUGCAGUUAUACAUAUUUAACUGCAAAUUCUACAGAAUCUGUUCUUGAUUUUAUUUUGUUGAAUUUAAAGCACACUUCAUUAUCAGAAUAACAUUAAAACUGGAAAUAUAUAAAACAUGUUUUCAAGCCCUCAUCGCCAUUACUCCUCAAUCUCGAAUCAUACAGCACUAUGUUGAUUGCUACCUUUUUGUAUGUUAUGCAAUGUUUUUUUUGCCGCCUAAUGAUGUGCAAUGGUUGAGAAUUUUUUGUUUUUAUUUUCACAGAUGAUGAAAUGCUUCAUCUGAGCAAACUUUUUUUUAACUCUGUUUUGACGUGACAUUCCUGCAGUGCAGCAGAGCAGACUUUAAUUACAAUAAAGGAAUGUAUCCAUUGGA